AUGGGAUAUCUGAUACGGAAAGAGUAUCGGAUCCGGAUUAAGUUAGUCCGAUUCUUGUUUGUUUACUUUCUUGUUUUGCUCCUUACUGUUAACCACCAGACAAUUUUCCCAGUUUUACAAAUCAAUUGUUUAAUUGUUGAUUUAACUAUGGGUAAAGACAAAAAGCCUGUUGAGAGUGUUGAUGAUUCUACAUUCGAACGAACUAAUAAAGGAUCUCAUCGUCAAGCUGCAUUCUAUCGAAGAUGUUCUGCUCUUGAAGCUGCUCGUGAAUCGGAUUGGGAAAAAUGUUAUUACUUAUUGAUCGAGUCACUUAGUGGUUAUGGUUUAACAUUAGAUCCGAUUGAAUAUGAGAAGCGAAUCAGUGAAAGACGAAUGGGAUGGGCAGGGAUUCACGUUCAAGUUUUGAGUGAUCUUGUUAGAAGUGCAACUGAAAUGGGAUGUGAACAAUUAGCCAUUCGACAUUUGAGCUUCCUACUUCAAUGUUUUUGUGAAAUUCUUACUAGACAAGAAAAAAGUGACUUUGCUCGAGAACUUGAAUCGCUUGGUUCGAAAUGUGGCGAAGGAGCUCCAGUUAAUCUGACCUUAGACAAUGGUUUUACUAUCCCAUCAGUUAAUCUAACUAAAUUUCCUAUGGUGUCUUCGUUGAAGAUACAGAACCUUUUUGCUUCUUUGCGUCCAGUUAAGUUAAAGCCUAAAUCGAUGGAUAAUCUGAUCCCUACCUCCGCAUCCAGUCCUUUUAUAUUUACUCCUAUUCAAAUGAGCCGACCCUCUUCUCGAAGAAGAUCUUUAACAUCACCUGCAGUACAGAAUAUGGAUUUUAAGUGGAUUCAAGGAGAAACUUGCCAAAUAACUCUUCAAGUAUCCAAUUAUUUGCCUGUUGAAUUACAGGUCAAUCAUAUUGCCUUAUUAACUGAUGGAGUUGCUUUCCAAACUUACCCAACUUCGUUAACUCUUCCAGCUGAGUCAGGGCCAUUUCCAAUUCAAUUAACGGGAACACCUUUAAAUAGCGGUAAACUUGACAUACUUGGAUAUUCUACACAUGUUCUUGGUGUAAAGAGUGACUGUCGAUGGCCUCACCUUCCUAACAGUAGUCGUCUAAAAUUACCUGCUAAGUAUGUCGUUGAAGUGAUUCCUCCACUGCCAUUGAUAGAUAUUUCAGCUCCUGAUUUACCGAAAUCAGACACAUUUACUUCUUUAACUACCGAUAACAAUGCCAUCAUGUCUAAUGUUAGCUUAACAAUCUAUGCUGGUCAGACCAAAACAUGUUCCAUUAAAGUCACUAAUAAUAGUCCGAAUAACGAUGUUAUCGAGAUAAUCUCUGUUAAAAUGAUAAGCAAACUUGUCAAGGAUAUUGAAACAAACUUGGUCACUUGGAAUGAUAAUGAUCUGAACAACUGUCUUCCUCUACCCGCUCAAUCAUCAUUCGACUUUGAUAUUAAAGUGUACGGCAUUAGUGAUUUUUUAUCACCCUCGACGAAAAAACGAGCCUCAAGUUUUAAAGUGAAGUCAGCAUCUGUGAGUGGUACUUCGUCUCCAGUUCCAAAUAUCGCAAAUAUUACAAAUACAAAUUCUUUAACAGGAUCUCCACAUCAUCACCCUUCUUCAAAUACUGCGGGCGAUAGCGGCUCAUCUAAACGUUCUCAUAUUUUAGGUUCAGCUUUAGCUAAUUUUUUAUCAGAACUUCAAGUCGGUAGCAGCAAUUCCAAUAUCAAAAGAAAAUAUGAUCUAGUCAAUUCCAUCAAUUUGGAGGAAUAUCAACCUCGUGUCAUCGAAGUGAUCCUUGAAUUUGAAUAUAGUGGAGGUGGAGGUUUAGCCUCUGGAUAUUGUCGUAGAAGUGCAAUUGCCAUCAAUAUUGAAAUUAUUCCUUCGGUAUUGAUUACUAAAUGGGAUGUUCUUCCUGCUGAGAUGCCUUCCCACUGUUAUCUUGUUUUUGAUGUUCUCAAUGCUACUAAUUAUGAAAUGGAACUAAACUAUAGCGAAAAUAAGUCCAUUUUAAUUGAACCUAGAGAAACUUGCCGAAUUCCAGUUCCUGUUGAACGAGUACCUUUGAUGAAUGAGGAAAGUUCCCUUAAUAAAGUAAAAAAUAGUAAAAAUGGAAUUUCAUUACUGGAGAGAUGUAAACAUCACCUAGUCAAUCAAGUCAACCUAAAUUGGAGCUUAUUAACAACUGAUAUCACCGGAGUCGCUUUCAUGUCUGAAAUACCUUGGACUGGAGAUCUUUUGGAUCAUAUAAUAAUGUCUUCUGUUCAAUGGGAUGUUAAAGUAAAUGGAAAUGAUUUAAAAAUCGAAGAAGAUCUUAAUUUUUCGAUUGGUGAAGCUAUAAUGUUGACCAUUUCAGUAACCAACAUUAGUGGCAAUUCAUUGCGAGAUGUUGAAUUGUGGGUCUCGUGUUUCCAAGAGCAACAGAAUGGAGUAAAAAAUUACAAAGUUGAUAUGAAAAGAUCAAUUUUGGGUUCUGAUAGAGUUUAUAUUGAUGAGAUUUUAAAUUCAUAAAGUUAUUCCCAUGAAUUAGGAAUGGUCUUGUCUCAAAGGGUAAACAAUCAAUUACUAGGAUUAAAAGGG